GGUGUGUUAAAGAGACAGGGCCCCAGUCCGGGUGUUUCACCCGGCUGGGCGCUGUGGCCGUAGUGGCCCUGGGCGUGCGGCCGGCGCCCGUGACAGCAGCGUCGCGGAGCCGGCUACCCCGACCUGGGGCCACUGCGGAUCUUGGUGGCAGAGCCGCAUCGCCUUACGGGAUGGGAGGCGAAGCGGGAGCCGAUGGUCCCCGGGGCCGUGUCAAGAGCUUAGGGCUAGUGUUCGAAGAUGAGAGCAAAGGCUCCUACUCAAGCGGCGAGACAGUGGCCGGGCACGUGCUGCUGGAGGCGGCAGAGCCGGUGGCCCUGCGCGGGCUGCGCCUGGAGGCCCAGGGCCGUGCCACCUCUGCCUGGGGCUCGAGCGCUGGGGCCAGGGUCUGCAUUGGUGGCGGCUCUCCCGCAGCCUCCUCAGAGGUGGAAUACUUGAACCUGCGGUUGAGUCUGCUGGAGGCCCCAGCUGGUGAAGGUGUCACCUUAUUCCAAGCAGGAAAACAUGAGUUUCCCUUUCGCUUUCAACUUCCAUCUGAACCUUUGGCAACAUCGUUUACUGGGAAGUAUGGCAGUAUUCAGUACUGUGUGAAGGCUGUUUUGGAACGACCCCAAGUUCCAGAUCAGAGUGUAAGAAGAGAGCUCCAGGUUGUCAGUCACGUGGAUGUCAACACACCACCCUUAUUGACUCCUAUGCUGAAGACGCAGGAGAAAAUGGUUGGCUGUUGGCUUUUCACUUCCGGUCCCGUGUCUCUGAGCGUCAAGAUCGAGAGAAAGGGCUACUGUAAUGGAGAAGCUAUCCCUAUCUAUGCAGAAAUAGAAAACUGUUCAUCUCGGCUGGUUGUUCCUAAGGCAGCCAUAUUCCAAACCCAGACAUAUUUGGCUAGUGGAAAGACAAAGACAGUGCGGCACAUGGUUGCUAAUGUCCGAGGAAACCACAUAGGUUCUGGGAGUACGGACACAUGGAAUGGGAAGAUGCUGAAGAUCCCACCUGUCACUCCAUCCAUCCUGGAUUGCUGCAUUAUCAGAGUGGACUACUCCUUAGCUGUAUACAUUCACAUUCCUGGUGCUAAAAAAUUGAUGCUGGAGCUGCCUUUGGUUAUUGGUACGAUUCCAUACAGUGGCUUUGGCCGCAGAAACAGCAGUGUCGCAAGCCAGUUCAGUAUGGACAUGUGCUGGUUGGCACUGGCCCUACCGGAACAACCUGAAGCACCACCAAAUUAUGCAGAUGUGGUAUCUGAAGAAGAAUUCUCCCGACACAUUCCUCCCUAUCCUCAGCCCUCUGACUGUGACGGGGAAGCCUGCUACUCAAUGUUUGCCUGCAUACAAGAAUUCCGUUUCCAGCCUCCCCCUCUUUAUUCAGAGGUUGAUCCACAUCCUGGUGAUGCCCAAGAGACCCAGCCUGUAUCCUUCAUUCUCUGAACAGACACCAGACUUCACUGUGUUGUUACCAACUUAGAAUAUUGGUUCUUUCACCUGCCUUGUUGGAUGAAAGAGAAAGUGAACUUCAGAACAUUGGUGAACUUCAAGUCCGAAGAUGACAGAAAUGAAAGAAUAUGAGAACUUUUAGUGGGCCGGGGGAUGCUUAUGCAGUUUCUAGGGUGGGCUCACUCGUCCCUUUAAAAAUGGAUGAAAAUAUGAAUUGAAAAAUGGGAAGUCCUGGUGGUAGGAGAGGAUGUGAAAGAAUGCCUGGACUGUUGAAGAGAGGAGUCUUAAGGAAUUGGGAUGUUACUGGAGUGUGCUUUGACCAGGGUUUACACACAGUUAUGAACUUAUGGACUUGGUAGGAAGACAUGAUUUAGGGGAACAAGACAGCUUUGAAGUGUGAAUGAGUGAGUGGUCUACUUUCAAUGCAAUUAAGGUCCCCAGGUUUUGGGGUGUUACCACAGCAAGGAUCCAGGUCCUUGAAAGUAUCCUUUCUGGAGCCAGUGGUCAUGUGACAUCCUGAUGAACUGACAGUGGCUCCAGUCUUUCGUGAGGAGGCUAGAAGGGAUUCCUUAAAAGCUUGCCAUAUCAAAAGGAAAAGAGGAAUUGUUACUGAAAGUGUGUGUUGUGAAGGCUAUACUUUUGACACUUUUAAGAACUGCUUGCAGGCUAUAUGUUUGAUUUUCCUCAUUCCUUAUUUACCUAGGGAAUAUUAGAAAAAAGGAGGAGUAGGCGUAACAUCUUUGGGAUAGCUGAUACCUACACAGAAAAGAGUGUUCUCUUAUCCUACCUCUAGUGGCUUCGUCAGACCUGUUCUCAAAAGGCCUGACUGACCUCUGGGGUUUCUGCUCUAUGCAGUUAGCAGACUCCUCUCAACCUGUCACUUGACCUGAAAACUAGACCAAGGGAAAAAGUCCAUGAGCUCAGCAUUAAAUAGAAAUAAAUAUAAACACCUAAGAUCUUAAGAAAUCCCAAAUCAAAAGAGAACAGGAACGUGCCUGAACUUGGCUCCUGAGCAGAGGCCUCAGUGGGUGCAUGGCAGUUGUGUAGUACAUUCGUAUUCCAGUACAUUAGUAAUUCCAUUGAUACUGUGAUUCUUUUUUUUAAAAAAAAAUGUUUUGGUGCAAUAUUUUGUUGUCUUUGAGCCUCAGGAUAUUCAGACCUACAAGACUCUGUUGUUGCUGUCAGGGACAGCCAUGUCUCUGCCAGCCUCCUCCCUCUGUUCACAGUCACAUGCUCAAUUGUUUUGCCUCCAGUCUGUUGGUCCCUUGAACUGAGAACAUUUCUGACACCAGGUGGGAGGGAACCUCUCCUAGUUAAGAUCUGAACAAGCCAAAUCCUAAGGGUUUGAUGUAGAAACCCUGGUGCUUCCCAGGCAGAGUAUGCGCCGCACCCAUCAUGGAGAUGGACUUACCUUUCAAUCACAUGUUCCCUUAGAGACAUUCUUCUAGGGUGAAAUUUUAUAUCAAAAGUCAGUGGGCCAUCUGUUCAGGGAUUUUUGUACAAAUGUUCGGUAAAUGCAUACUUCUCCCUGCUGAGCAUACCUCUCCUGUGAUCAUCUUAGUGUCAAACACAUGUAUUUCACUGUAUGCCAUUGUCGAAAAUGCCAAAUGGUAUUGCCAGUAACUGUGGUGUGUGGGAAUCACCACAAAACCUUAUUUCUUGUUUUGUUUUGUUUAAUUUAGAGAUUUCUUUCUUUUCUUUCUGUUGUGUGUCUGUAAACAGUUAUGAUUGUUCACAUUCCAUCUAAACUGCUUUUAUUUUUGCCAUGGAAAAGAUGGUGAGCUGUCUAUUGGCUUCCAGCCUGUAGUUUGCGAGCUAUGUCAAGUCAUGGUCCAUCUAUGAAACCAAAACAAAAGGAAAGAAAGAAACAGGAUAGAGUGGACAGAGAGAAAAUAGAGUGGCUUAGUUCCCUAUAGAUAAGCCAUGGCAGUUGGGUUGGUUAGGGAAAUCAUGAAGUCCCCCACAGAAUGGAAGCACAGCUAACAGUGGCAUUGAAGAGUGCAAAGAUGUAACUUUAUAUCUGUCUGUCUGGCCUGAAGCUUAUACCCAGGAUAACAGGAAUGUAGAAAACUGCAUCUGAAACCCUGCGAAUGAAGAUCAGACUUUUAGCUGCUAACACUUGCCUGUUUAGUCUCCUCUUGCUCUCUUUUAGUUUGGGGAAAACAAAAAGUGCCCUUAGGAUUUCUUUCUUUCCGAUGCACAAAGCGUGAGAUUCCAAGUGUGCAUCUUUUGGUGCACACAGAUCCUUCCUUCCCCCCGGAGCAGAACUUUACUUCCUGUGUCUUUGUUUUGCACAAUAAGAAACUCAGUAGGCAAAAGUUGUGUUUUUUUGGUAAGUUCACUCGCUUUUUAAAAUUUUUAUUAAAAAUGUAAUAAUUUAACCAAGGGGAAAAUAAAGAUUGUAUUUUGUACUCUUCUUUGAACCCCAUGGGUUCCUUUUUGUUAAUAAAAUACUUAUACUAAUGA